GCUUGCCGGGCCGGGCUGCGGGGCUCGUACCGCGGGCACAGCGGCAGCGGGGCCGGCAGGAGCGGAGUGGGAGCACGGCAGGUUUAAACGACAACCAUUAUUAUGGAGGAGGACUUAGAAGUGUUCCAGGAACAAGCUGUGACUAAAGCUUCUCCAUGUGAAGCUGAACUUCAGGAAUUAGUGCAUCAAAUUGACAUCAUGGUAAACAGAAAGCAAGUAGAAUGGGAAAGAAAGAUGAGAGUUUUGGAAGCAAAGAUGGAUAUCCAGGAUCAAGAAUUAGCAAGUGCCCAAAGCAAACUGGAUCAAAAAGGUCAAGAGGUGGGACUACUUCAACAAGAAUUGGAAAACUUACAGAAAACUAAAAAUGAAAUGGCUCAGAGUUAUGAAACUCAGCUUCAAGCACUGAAAUCUCAAUUCUCAAAGUUGAUACAUAGUUACGAAAAGCUACAGUCACAUCAGUUAAAACCAAAAAAGCUCCGAAGUAGAGAAAAUUGUGAGGAAAACCUGGAGACAUCAUCUAACCCAAGGAAUUUAUACGUGAAACUUGAGGAAUUUAAGGCAAAAUCACAACAAUGGGAGAAAAAUGUGACAACCUGUGUAAAUAACCCUUCUUAUGUAGAUAUGCAACCCAAAUUAUUUCCCGAGAAAUGUAAUUUAUUUCAGAAGCAGACCCAAAAUUAUCAACAUCAAAUAUGCAAUAAGAAACAAAGCCAAGAAGAGCUAAUUACCUAUACCCAAACCAAAAGUGAAAACGAUGAAAACGAUGAUUCGAUUAUUGAAAAACUAAAGGCGAUUGUGAAAGAAAUAGCAAGCAACAAGAAUAAACUGGUAGAGGAAAACAUGAAACUCCAUGAGGAUCUAAAAAUGUACCAAAAUCAGUGCCAGAACAUGGAGGCAGACAUCUCAGAAAUGAGAAAUGAGCUCCAGUCAAGGGAUGGUCUCUGGAGAAGAAUACAACUGGAAUGCCAAAAGUUGUAUACAGAAUUAUUGAAAAUCAAAGAGUAUAAAGAUAUGCAGGAAAUUCAAAUAAAGCAUCAAUCAUCUCCUGUUCAGCUUACUGAGCAACUAGAAACUAAAAACACUGAGUUAUUGAUAUUUGCAGAAAGUCGAGAACACCAAGAAGAAGAGCUGAACAAGAUAAGAAACCAUGUUUAUCGAGAGGAGCGUUCCCAUUGCUCUGAGCAGGAAAGAAUGAAGACAGAAAUCUCUGACCUGACAGAGGAGCUUCAUCAGAAAGAGAUCACUAUAGCAACUAUCAUGGAGAAAGCUAGUCUUCUGGAAAGACAGUUAAAAAUGGAGUUAGAGACAAAACACAAAUUGUUAACAAAACAGCAGUUAUUGGAAUUCCAUUACCAAGCUAUCAAAUCUGAAAACACACAUCUAAAAGAAAUGGUGGAAAACCAGGAGUGUGAAAGUUGCAUGAGGACAGCUACAAAUCAUUCAAAGAUGCAAGAAAAGGAAGAGAGAUCCUUCCAAAAUAAAGAUUCAUGGGAAGUGGAAUGUCAACAGACUGCUAUGCUCACUGCUGGUGGAUGCCACAGAAACUGCAGUCCUGCUUUGUAUGGCCAAGGCAGUAUCACCGGUUCAAAGAAUGAUAGCACUUUAUCUUCUCCUCCACUUCACAGAGGCCAUGAAAAGAAUAAAGAUCAUAAAUCUCCAUUACCACCAGUGGGGUGUCCUUUGGGUCUUCCUGGGCCAUUUCCUGCAGUGGGCAGAACAGGCAGCUUUCAGAGCCCUGUUUACAAUGCGGGAGAAAUCAAAUUAUCGUCUCCCCCUGAGAUGUCCUUCCUUUCAACAACAGAAAAGUUCCUUCAAGAGGAAGAGAAACAUGCAAGAGAAUUUGAAGAACGUUUAAAUUCACACCUUGAAGAGCUGCAAAGAUAUUCUGAAAAUACUCUAAAAAAAUAUGCCAGAAUGCAGCAAAGCAGGCAUACUUAAGCCAGUCACACAAUUAAGAAAAGCAAACCAAGUAAUCACCCAUGAGUUUCUUAGAACUAAAAUCUGCAACUAGCUGCUUAAUGUAUUUAGGCACAUUGCCAAUAUCAUGUAUUUGUAACACCAAGUUUUCAAGAAAAUCAUCAUUCUCCUACAGAUUUAAGUAUAUUGUAACUUGACUAUAUGACAAAAUAAACUCCGAACAUAUUCUGAAAUAUACAGAUGGGUUUUGCACAGUUAAAUUGUGUGCAGCAGAGACCCUGUUGCAGCACUGUAAAUUAAGAUACUUAAAAUUCUGUAAUGUACAAAGGGCCAAUAAAUGGAAUUAUUCCCUUGAAAUUAAAAUCAACCAAGACAAAUUCUCUAGACUGUACAGAAAAAUAAUAAAGGCCUUUACCCAUGUCUCAGCUCCUGGCAUGAAAAGCUUAUCUAUGCUCUGGUGAUUCUUGGCCAUGGAAGUAGCCCCUGGGCCUCUGGAAAUGCUGCUUUGUGAGAAGAACAUUAAAAGACCAAGCACAUGUUUUGAAGCCACCCAUAUUUCCCCUUUUACCAGACUGAUAGACUUCACCAGGGGCAGAACCUGAUCUCAGGCACUUUACAUUAAGACUUUACAAUUUUUAAAACCUGUGUUCAAAAGCACCUAUUUUGGAUUGAAGUUUUCUUACCGUGUUGGUUUGUUGUUUAACUGUAUUGGAACAGUGAGGAAAAACUUCAACUUCAGACAACAUGUGAUCAGUCUUAGGUAACGGCCUAAAUUCUUUACAUUUUCCUACAUCAUAGGAAAACUUUAUAUAAUUGAGCAGAGUUAAUUCAACUACAUGUGCUGAAAAUCUGCAUAAUAUUGAGAUUCCUUUUAUUUGCAGUUCACACUGAAUUCUAUUGCUGUGCAAGCGAAACAGAAAUUACAGACACUGUUGAUGAACCACCAAUUUCAGUGAAUGAGAUACUGAAGAACUGCUUUCCACCAUAUACUGUUGCCAACUUCCUGGGAAAAUCUGGAUAAAAAUAAUACCAGGCUGUCAAACUGCUCCAGUUUGUGAGUAAAAGAAGUCUCAUUAAUAUUCAGGACCAUGGCUAAAAUGUAAAUUGUUUUUCGAUUCUAUAUUUCCACUAAGACAAAAUACACUACAUCAUACUUACACAAAAUACCAAGAUUUUAAAUACCACUUUGGCUCAGCUUGCAGUAAAAUGAGCAAUGAAGAUGAGGACAUCAAAGAACCUUUUACAGGAAAAUUCAGGAAAAUUACUAGACUCAGCUGGAGGAACAAGAACUGAAUAAAAAGAUGAUGGAAGGACAUCUGAACAAACUAAAUAUAUACGUACCCUCAGCUUAGGGGGAGAUGCAGUUUUAAAAGAAUUAAUAAAGAAAUUCAGAAACCUCUGAAAAUAAAGCUAAAUUUUAAGCGGGGAAAGAUCUGUAUAAGCAAAAAGACAGCAAAAUACUGCCUUUCAGAAGAGCAAAAGAAAUAGCCAGUUAGCCAGAAUCUUGCCACUCUCAGAUUCAAACAUACAAGAUGACAGACUGCCCCAGAUCUUCCAAGAAAUGUAUAUGUCUGCCUCCAGUUCAGGCAUGAGGACAAUUCUCAAGGUUAGAUCUGUGAGAUGAUGCAGAAUGAGUGAAUGAAAUCAUCAGAAAUGGGUACAAUGUUUUUUUUCCUAAAGCUUUUUAAGAUCUGGGCAAGCUACUAAUUUUGGCUGAUAAAAUACCAGAGUUAGUUUCAGCCUGGCUUUUGUGCAAUGCCAUAUAAUAAACUGCCUUUGAGAAGCA